AUGCAGCUUGCCGCUUCAACAGCUUUUAAGAUGCAUGGUUUAUUAAAUUACAAUUCUGCCACUAGUUACAGCUACUUUGGAUUCAUUAUCAACUGAAGAGACGCGAUGGUCCCUACAAUGUCCGUGUUGCUGUCUCUGUGGAUAACAGCCUGCGCCUUGGUGUUCAGUCACGGAGCCCUUCCGCCAACACUCGAGCAACUUUAUCUACACCGGCCAGAUGGAGGUACAUGUGAAGUCAUAGCAGCACACAGAUGCUGUAACAAGAAUCGAAUUGAAGAACGAUCACAGACUGUUAAGUGUUCCUGUCUGCCAGGGAAAGUAGCUGGGACAACCAGAGCCAAACCAUCUUGUGUUGAUGCUUCCAUUGUUAUUGGGAAAUGGUGGUGUGAGAUGGACCCCUGUAUAGAGGGAGAGGAAUGCAAGACAUUACCAGAUAAUUCAGGAUGGAUGUGUGCUUCUGGCAAUAGAGUUAAGACUACAAAGAUCCAUCCGAGAACUUAAAACCCAGACUCCAGACUUUUCGUAAUGAUGGAAGACAGCCAUUAUGAAGGACAGUUAGUUGAAACACUGCAGUCA